AGUGAAUCUGCAUCGAGAAGCGCAACACUGUAACGCGUUAAAACUCGUAGGAAAAAAAAGCUCCUUCAGAAAUGAGGGAAGCCGCGCCGCUCCAGCCGGACCCGAGUCCUGAUAUGGAGGCUCAGCAUAACUCACGCUGCACUGGUCCGAGUCUGGAGAACCGGAUCCUCACCCAGGCCUCACCAUUUCUCCUCCAGCCUCCUUCAUGGGCGAACCUGACCUUGUCAUGUCCAGCUCUCCGUCCAUCCAGCCUGUCCUCUACAGCCUUGUCCUCUUCUCUGCUGUCCACCUCAUCCAGCCUGUCCUCUACAGCCUCGUCCUCUUCUCUGCUGUCCACCUCAUCCAGCCUGUCCUCCACAGCCUUGUCCUCUCCCCUUUUGUCCACCCCAUCCAGCCUGCUGUCCUCCUCUCUGCUCAGCACUGAGAACACUCAGUUGAUUUCUAACCCCAUUACUGGCUCUUCUUUCUGCUCUUCCCAACCUCUGAGUUUACUGGUUCACAGCACAGCGCCACCCACUGGCCCAGAAGCUCAUAAAUGUCUCAGUGGUAAACCUGGAGAGACAAAAAUAGAGGAUGAUGAAGUGUGCUCCACUGAUGAUCUCUCGUCAUACAGUGAGGAGCUAAAUGAGUCCUCGGCUCAUGAGGAACAGAUGGAGAGUGACGGUGAGUCCCCGGCUGAGAUUCCUGUCCUGAGUCUGAGGCUGAAUGAGGAAGAGGAGAAGCAGACGCUUGAGCUGGAUGAAGGGUUUGGAGAGUUCGACUCUGGAUCAAAUGAAGCUGAAGAAUUACUGAAGGAAAAGAAGUACAAGCUGCUGAAUGUGGUCUGCUGCUCCCUGGUCCAUAAAAGCCAAUCUCCAGGCCAGGUGGACUGGGAUAAAGAAGGGAGUGUGUGGAGUGAAAUAAAACUCCUGGGUACCGACAUCACCCUGAGCGACCCUGAGUUUCUGCUUAAGGUGGCUGUUUACACCAGACAGGAACUAAACAUCCGCGUCACCGCCAACUUCCUGCUCGCCCUCGCUGCUUACCUGCCCAACUCUAAAUCACACCUGAGGAGGUAUUUCUGCUCCGCCGUGCGGCUGCCGUCCGAUUGGCUGGAAGUGACGAGGAUAUACAGCACGUGUUUCAGCAGGUCUCUGCCUUCAGGUCUGAAAAAAGCUCUUGCUGACAAAUUCAAGCAGUUCAGCGAGUAUCAGCUGGCCAAGUACAACACGUGCAAACACCGCUGUAAACACAUCAAGAACAAAGGCAAAGCAAUGGAGUUGUCCCCUGAGAAAUGGAAUGAAUGGGCCAAGCUCCUUGCAGCAGAACCUCGUACUCUUAAGGGAUAUCUAAAAUUGGACCAGCGACAAUCAGUGGAUAAACAACAAAAAGAGUUUAACAUGAAGAAGCUGAUAAAACAACUCCACAUUAAAGAGCCGGCAGAGUCGGUCAUGAGCAUCCUCGGGAAAAAGUACCCGGCGGACGUGAGGGCGUUCUGGCGCAGCGGGCUCAGUGGGGUGUGGCAGAGUGAAAGAGCCAAUCAGAGGAUGAAACUGAAGCAGCCGGACACGUGGGAGACGCUGCUGAGUCAGAAAGGAAACAGCGCCACCACCUGGGAAAAACUCAUAGAUAAUAACUCUCUGCCCUUCAUGGCGAUGCUGAGGAACCUGAGGAACAUGAUCACAAAGGGGAUCAGCCUCAAACACCACGAGAUGAUCCUCAAACGACUCAGCUCAAAGUCGGCUGUGAUUCAGAGCAGACAGUUCCCUUUUCGCUUCCUGUCAGCGUAUAAAGUCAUCAUGGAGCUCAAUAAGUUGGCCAGUGCUGGUGUAAAAGAGAAAAACAGUAAGAAGGAAGCCUUACGUGGAGUUUUAAAGAAGAUGCCAAAGAAAAUAAAUUUGCGCACUGAUUGGUCAACAGCGACCCGGCAGAGGCUGCGUACUACGCUCCGGAUUCCUUUCGUCCGUGGGUUAUAUUACUCAAAACUCAAAAUGCAUCAGAAAGCCAGUCCGAGAUGCUACACUCCAGAGCUGCUGCAGCGUUACCGUCAGGCCCUGGACAAAGCCGUAGAGAUCUCCUGCACGUACAACAUCCCUCCUCUGUCAGGACACACACUCGUCCUCUUCGGGAGGUGGCUGACAUUUCAUGGAAAGAAAGGAACUGAAUUCUGCAUCCCUUCCGAGUCUUCAGCUGGAAGUACGGAGGACACAAACCUCUCAGCUUCGGUCUUGGAGGUGGCGGUGCUUCUGGCCAUGAUGAUCUGCUACUGCAGUGAGCGUGCACGGUUCGUCCUGGCAGGAAGCGACUAUUUAGAGGAAGUUCAUAUUAAGUCAGAUGGGCUUUUGGAGAACGUGAGGAAAGUGUCCAAGCUGCUCACGGAAUGGGAGGACUUACCUUCAAUAGAACACAAUCAAUUCUUCAACAAGCUUCUUGAAGAGAAAACAAAGGUGGAUACCAUCAUCUUGGUGGGCGAUUACUCGACUGAUUACAUUACAAAGGUGGCAAUUCAAAGAUUUAGGAGACUGUCCACCCAUCAGCCUUUACUGGUGAACAUUUUGAUCAACCAGUCUAAAACUUUGAUUAGAACUGAAGAUGAUCCUGAAAGUGUGACCCUGUGUGGCUUUAGUGAGCAGAUCCUCAGGUUCAUUUCAGAGCGCGGGUCCUCCAGAUUUUUGGAUCACGUGGAGCAAAUCGACAAACUGUACAAGAUUCCUCCUCCAACACGUUCUGCUUCAAAACCAGAGAGAAGCAGUGACAUCAUACCCCUACCUGCGGUCCCCAAACUCAGGUGGCGUAGCGUGCGUGUCUUCAUCUCGUCUACGUUCAGAGACAUGCACGGCGAGCGAGACGUCCUGGUCCGCAGUGUUUUCCCGGAGUUACGGCGGCGAGCGGCUUCCCUCUGCCUCCACCUGCAGGAGGUGGACCUGCGCUGGGGCGUCACUGAGGAGGAAUCGGCACGCGCCGCUGAGAUCUGCCUCAGGGAGGUCUGUCGCUCCCAUUUGCUGCUGGGAAUUCUGGGAGAGAGAUACGGCCUGGUGCCUCCUCGGCCCUCGCUGCCUGACCUGCCUCACUACAGCUGGUUGAAGUCGGCUCCUGAGGGUCUGUCGGUCACAGAGAUGGAGAUCCGUCAGUUUCAGGCCGUGUUUCCUGAUUCUGCUCAGAGCCGCAUGUUCUUCUACUUCAGAUCUCCUCAGCUGCUCAGUUCAGUGCCUGAGGCUUGGAGAGACGACUUUGCAGCUGAAUCCCAAAAAAAUGCAGCGAAAAUGGAUGAACUGAAGAAAUGGAUUAAGAGCAAUGACUUUGGAGUGAUGGAAAAUUACCCGUGUGAGUGGGGCGGAGUCAUAGCUGGAAAAGCGUACGUUAAAGCUCUGGAGGAUUUCGCCAAGGCUGUGAUGGAGGAUCUGUGGUCUGUUAUACAGAGGCUUUUUGUUGAGGAAUCAGACGAGGCAGAUCUGACAGCAGAGAUCAAAGAACAGGAAGUGCACCAGGAAGCCCAAAGCCAGCAGUUUUACGGGCGAGCGAAGCUGCUUUCAAAGGCAAAAGAGAAAAUUGAAGAAUCUCAGCGGAAAGGCGGGGUUCUGCUGGUGCAGGGCGGGGCCGGAGUCGGCAAAACAACUUUCAUGGCUUCAUUGGCUCACUCACUCCAAACCCCAGACAAGAGGAAGAAAGUGCCCAUGUGUGAUGUCAUAUCCUACUCCACAGCUGCUAGCCAUUCAGCUUCUGGGGUUGAGCCUCUCCUACGCUGUUUGGUCCAAUGGCUGAGGAAGAGGAAGGAGCAGGAGGAGGAGCUUCCUCCCAGCACACCUUACAGAGAUCUGCUGUCAGAGUUACUCUCUCAGCUGAAGGAGGUGAAGAAAGGCAGAUCUCUGGCUUUACUCAUUGAUGGAGCAGAUCUGGUGCACGAUGCUAAAGGGCAAAGAAUUUCUGAAUGGAUUCCACAACACAUUCCAAAGGGUGUGUGUCUGGUCCUGAGCGUUACUACAGGUUCAGAUCUCCACAACACCAUCAGCAAAAGUAAAAGCUGCACUCUGUUUCCUCUGGGGCCGUUACUGCUGCCAGACCGGAGAGAAAUCGUCGAGAAGGAGCUGAGUGUGUACGGGAAGAAACUGAGUGAUUCUGCUUUUAAUAACCAGCUCCAGACGCUGCUGAUGAAGAAGGGAGCUGCGAGUCCACUGUAUCUGCGCUUGGCCUGUGAGGAGCUCAGGAACUACGCCUCCUUUGAAAAGAUGAAGGAGAACCUUCAGUGUCUCCCGGUGUCUCUGUGUGAGCUGAUUCAGCACAGUCUGAUCAGGCUGAACUCUCAGUAUGAAGGAACAGGACUCAGCUGGACCCUGGCUGCUCUGACCGUCAGCUCCACUGGUCUGAAAGAGAGAGAUCUCUACUUCCUGUUGAACUUGUGCACUGAUCUGAGCUCCACACACACCCCACUGAACUGGAAGGAAGCGAUCAAACACGCCAGGAACCCAAAAACCAUGGUGCCCAUGGCCACGUUCUCUCAGCUGGCCCGAAACUUACAGAGUCUGAUUGGGUCAUCUCUGUCUGUGGAACCGGAUCAGUCCUUGGUUCUCACAAAUCCAGAUUUUCAAUCAGCGUUUGAGCAACUUUACCUCUCUGAUCCAGACGACAGAACCAGAGCGCACAUGAUUCUCGCAGCUUACCUGUGGGUUCAGUCAGAUCCUCAUGGGCAUGACACGUUCCUGCACUGUGACCCGGACACACUCGCACAGCUUCCUGCUCAUCUGGUAAAGUCUCGUCAGUGGGAGCCGAUGCAUUUCCUGCUUUGCAACUACUACUUCCUGUAUGCUAAUGUGCAUCACGGACUUCUGCGCAGCCUGAUGGAGAAUUAUGUUCUAUAUGAAAAGGGGAACGAAUUAAACAAGCCACUCUGUCCUGAAGCAUUCGAUGGCUCAGACGAGGUUCUGGCUUGUCUUUCGUUCCUCAAGCGCCACGCCCCCCUCCUCUGUCAUUGGCCAACUCUGUUUGUGCAGCAAGCCCUAAAUGAACCAGAUGCCUCAGCUGCUCAUAUCUGGGCUAAAUGUGCAGUCGAGGAAGGAAACGUCCAUGCUGUCAGAUGGAUGAACAAGUCCCAAGAAUCCCGACAGGAAUCUGGCAGUGAGCUGGUUUCCACAUUUCAGUGGACUCCAUCGUGUGUGUCUCUGAGUCCUACUGGACGUUUCAUGGCGGUGGGGACAGUAUAUGGUUCUCUCCAUAUCUACCAUACUCACACUAACCAGGAAGUAAAGUCACUGAUUAGUAAUUGUGAUGGGAUCUCAGGCUGUGUGUUUCUGGAUGAUUGUGUUCUGUGGUCAACCUCGUAUGAUGGCCAGGUGGAGGCGUGGGACAUUAACAGUGGCUGCAGGACGGUCCACCUGACCGCCCACUCCAACAGGAUAACAGGAUUUGAUGUCAGCUCAGACAGGAAGCACUUGUCUACUGUGUCCUUAGACUUCACUCUGAAGGUGUGGUCCUCACGUACGGGGAAGCAGGAGGCAUCUCUGGAGAACCCCUGCCCUCUAAACUGUGUGAACUUUGACCCUGAGGGAAGUCUGGUGGCGGUGGGUUGCUGGGACGGAGCAGUGCGAGUGUGGGACUGGAUCAAACAGGAGAACUGCAUGACUCUGUCAGGCCACCAGUGCUCAGUACGCAGUGUGUCAUUCUCUCCGUCCUCCUCUCUCUCUCUCCUCUGUUCGGGGGCAUUGGAUAGAGAGAUGAGGUUGUGGUCGGUUCCCGGCGCAUCCUGUGUGUGGCGCCUUCAUGCUCACCACAGCUCCACAGAGGCGCUUCACUUCCUCGGUGAUGGAGAUUCACUGCUCAGCGCUGGACAUGAUGGCAUGGUCCAGCUGUGGUCUGGAGGUCUUGGGCGCUCAGUUUCCAUGUUGGGGGAAGAAAAGAAGCUGUUGAAAUCCUCAGAGGCCAGACAGGAGGUGGUGUCUGAAGCUGCUGCUCUCUGUGUGGCUGUGAACGGUCACUAUGUCGCUGUGGGUUAUCAUGGAAAUGGGCUUAAAAUCUACAACGGAGACUCGGGGAGCUGUGUGUGGUCCACUGAGGACCUGCGUGUGUCUAUGCUGUGUGUGCUCUGGCUGAAGACUGCAGCAGAUGAUCUCUUGCUUUCUGGAGGGUUAGAUCAGCGCCUGCGUCUGUGGAGGAAGCGGAGAGGACACAAGGACACAAUAACUCUUGCAGGAGUCUUUGGUGUCCAGAAGGGUGCUGUUCUCGCUCUGAACCAGAACAUUACUUAUGUAGCCUCCGCGUCGGAUGACUUUACCAUCGCAUUGUGGUUGAAGAGGGAUUUGACUUCUGACCCCUGGGCUGAACCAAGAGCAGUAUGUGUCCUGAGGGGUCACAGUGGAGGGGUCACAUGUUUGGCCUUCAGUCCAAAAGGAGAUCAGCUGCUUUCAGGAGGAAAAGACACGGCUCUGAAUGUGUGGAAUAUAAACUCCUCGCCUCCGUCUCUCUCCUGCGCUUUACCGCACUGUCAUGGAGACUGGAUCACCGGAUGCGCUUGGACUCCUUCUGCCGUGAUGAGCUGCUCCAAUGACUGCAGGCUUAAACUGUGGGACAUUCAGACAGGAAGUUGCAUCAGAGAGGUCUCGACUGCAUCCUCUGUGGGCUCGCUGUGCUGCUGGGAGGACUAUGUGAUGUUGGGUUCUGCUGAUGGACUGCUGACAGUGUGGAAAUCUAAUCUUGGAGUAAUUGCUGAAAUCAAAGCUCAUCUUUCCCGCAUCCACCACACCACUAUCAUACCUAAACCAGGACUGGUGAAGAAUCCCGAGGACGUCCUGAUCGCUACAGCAUCUGAUGAUGGAUCUGUAAAGCUCUGGCAACCGCUACAGGUUGAGCACCGCAGCACUCUGCUUGGUCACAGUGGAGGUGUUCGUGCUUUAGCGAGCGGCUCUGGUCCACACUUCCUCACUGUGUCUGACGAUCGCAGUCUCAGAGCCUGGAGCGUUAAUACAGGCCUGCCCCCCAGAACGAUGGAGAGUGUGAGUGCGAUGUGUUUCCUGGAGCUGCAGGAUGUCCUGGUGUGUGCUUUCAGCUCCGGCAGACUGGAGAUGUGGCAGCAGCUCAAACUCCUUUACUCCAAUAAGUUGAGCGAUAGCCGUAUCACUGCAUUAUGCAGUUUGCCAGAUGAGCGGUUAGCGGUGGGUUGCACUGAUACGUCGGUGAACGUGUGGAAGCUGGAGAGAGACUCACAGCAGUGUAUCACUGGUCUUUCUAAAGUUCACUCGUACAAUCUGAAGAGCAAUGCGUUGUUCCUGCACUACAGCACCACUCUGCUGGCAGUGCGUGUGGGCGUCAACAUUGUCGACAUCUUUCCAAAUGCACGAGGGAAACACCGAAGUACUCGAAGUUGGGAUUUUCAUUUUGAUGACCACGUGUUGUGUAUUGAGGGAAACGGCGAAGACGGCAUGUGGCUGGUGGUGGAAAAGGAUGACAUUCCUGUACUGGCAUACUUGCAUCCUCGUUACAAAGGAAAAAAAGGGGAACAAGGAAGAAAAAGAAAAAGAAAAGGAAAACAAAAAAGAAAAGAAGCUGAAGGGGGGCUGUUGUUGGAAGCAAAUGUAAGCCUGAAAUCAGGUAUCGAUCAGACGCAGACGGAGGAGGGGAAGAAAGACCAUCAUCAUCAGGAGGAGGAGGAAGAAAUGCAGGAGGGAGAGGAGGAGCAAGAUCAUCAUCAUAAGGAUAAAGACACGGAGGAUGAAUCGGGGAAGGAGCAAAACCAUGAUCAUCAGGAGGAGGAGGAAAUGCAAGAGGAGGAGGAGGAGCAAGAACAUCAUCAGAAGGAGGAGGAGGAAGAAAUGCAGGAGGGAGAGGAGGAGCAAGAUCAUCAUCAUAAGGAUAAAGACACGGAGGAUGAAUCGGGGAAGGAGCAAAACCAUGAUCAUCAGGAGGAGGAAGAAAUGCAUGAGGAGGAGGAGCAAAAUCAUCAUCAGGAGGAGGGGGAAGAAAGGCAGGAGGUAGAGGAAGAGCAAGACUCUCGUCAGGUGGAGGAAGACCAUCAUCCAGAAGAGGAAGACGAUCAUCAGGAGGGGGAAGAAAUGCAAGAGGACGAGGAGGAGGACGAGCAAGAUCCUCAUAAGGAGGAGGAGAAACGUAAAAACAGGAAGUACAGGAUCACGGCUGCUGCUUUACAUGAAGAUCUGGUUGUAUGUGGAAAUUCAAAGGGUCACAUGUGGUUUAAUGAGACGCCGACCCUGAGCUCCUGGACUCCGAGGAGACGUGUGCACAGUGACAGGAUCAGUGUGCUGCGUCUGACGGAGAGCAUCAUCAUCUCAGCCUCGUACGACAGGACCAUCAAACUGUGGGACAGGAAGACUAAGAAACAGCUUGGCCUGUUUGUGUGUGACGCUCCAGUCGAGGUUCUGCAGGUGAACCCGAAUGACCCGAGUCAGAUCGUGUGUGGAGACGCACUGGGGCAAAUCUACUUCCUGUCCUGGAAGGGCUAAUUAACAUCCUCACACUGCACACACCAUCAGUUUAACACUCAACAUGCUCUGAUUUUGUCACUUUAUCACUUUGUACAAGUGCAAUUUGGUACAAAACAGAAAUGUUUACACACUACACACUUGCACUUAACUUUAUGUUGUGCUUACUUUUAUGCACUUACCUAGAUGUAGUAUAUGUGAGGGGACAAAUAAAUUAAAGACCAGGGAAAGAAGCGUUUGUUUGUGAAUGUUAGAGAAUUUUAAAGGUGUUUUCUUUUAAGAUUGUAACUGCAAAAUAAAAUUUACUUAAGGCCUUCACGUUUAAAAAUAAUAAUAAUAAAUUGGGAUUAAAGAUUUAAACUGAUGUUGACUUGUGACAAAAUUAUUUAAUCCAAUUCAGUUUAAAAGUAUUUGUGAAAGAAUUAAAAAAGUUUAACCCUUUGUGCAUGUAUGGAUUUGUUAAGGCUGAUUUUCUGUUUGAUUUUCAUGGUUUAUCAGGGUUCAUAGAGAUCUGUUUGUUUAAAUCUAGAGAUCGGGCUGCUUUAAGUCUGGAGAUUUCUUUCACUUUGGUUAAUAAAAUUCUUCCUUGAAGGUAUAGAUCUCUCUGAAGCCAAAAAUGGAAUUGUUUUCUGUACUUUGCCUGUAAUCGGGUUUGAAAAAAUAAAAGAGCAUCUGCUGUCAUGAU